GUAAACAGCCAGGCCCAUUGGUAUCGUCAGCUUUUAUACACUGGGUGAGAGACCACACUCCACUGUUGACUGCAAAAAGUUGAAGAAUUAAGGAGACUGGAGGUAAAGAAACAACGGUGACCAAACACCAUCACACCAUGGAAAACUACACAGAUUAUUAUCCUCUGUAUCCUGACGAUUACUAUUACAGCCCUGACGAUGACUAUAACCGCCCUGACGAUGACUAUAACCGCCCUGACUCAGGGGCCAUUGUAGCGUCAGUGCUUAUUCUCCUUAGUAUUCUCCCUGUCUGUUGGAUUAUCUGGUUUGCCUGCUGUAAACUCCGCGAAAGAGCACUUGUCACAGUCUUUCUUGUGUCCCUCCUUAUCAAUGACACAGUGCAGCUGAUCACUUCCUUUUUUGCUGUGGGAAUUAAACUAAUGGGUAUUUCCUGUUAUAGUUCGUGCCAUGCAUUACUCCAACUGUUCAUUCUGUCAAGAUUCUGCGGUCAGAUUUUUCACCUGCUGGUUGCUCUGGACAAUAUAUUCUGUCUGAGUCGUACACGGUCUUCCACUCCACCGGGGUUCAAGCUUAAGUGUUUCUUCUAUCUCCUCUCUGCAGCUGUUUGGCUCGGCUACAUUGUAAUUGCAUUUUUAGUAAAUGUGGAUGUUAUGAAUAAUUAUCUUUGCUAUAUAUUUUUAAAUUUCUUUGGAGUUUUGUGCACAGCUGCUGCAGCAUGUAUGAUGAUCCUAAAACCAUUGAACCCCACCAAAACUAGUCAGAGUUUGAAGGUAUUAGCAGUGGCCAUGUUAACUUAUGUGAUACUCUAUGUUCCUGAUUCCCUCUACUGGAUAAUACAACACUACGGAUCUGCUUGGACAGAUGGGUUUAGAUAUGAUUAUUUUUUCCUCUACCUGCCGUGCCUGAGACCCAUCACUGACUGUGUCCUGUGUUGGUAUAUCUGCAGGGCACAUCGUAUAGAGUGGAAUGAGGUAGGCAUACUACCCAAUUCACUUACCCUCGAUUCCUCUCAUUCUGUCGUCGCCUUCUCAAACUGCAUUGGAGGAGGACCAUUGGGAGGGACCUCCAAUACUGGAGGAUGAGAGAUUAUGGGAUGUGAGGAAUCAAGGAAAGAUACAUUGUGAUAAAGCCCAGUACUGAAGGCUAUUUGAGGGCUAAUAAUCAUUUGAAG